GAGAUUCGCGCGAAGACUGGUCGCUUCUCUUCACUGAGUUUGGCGUGAUAGGUCGUGUUGUGCAGUAAUUUUGAGAGUCGUGGCCGUCCAGGGCCAGGAGAAGAGAGUUCACCGAGUUGAGGUAGGCACGGACAUGGCAGAGGUCCAGCAGACACUGACGAUGGCCACGCAUCGACAGAGCGGGCCUCCAUGUGUGGGGACGGGACACCCAUCUGCUGCAUUCCCGUGUGUAUGUUGUUGGUGUGUGUGUGUGUGUGCUUUUCUUCAGAACAGGAGAGUCCCACUGCCUGCCUUGACCCAUCUGUCUGUCUGUCGUCAAGUUGUCGUCGCCACCUUCGUCCACGCCCAACUCCCCCACCCCCGCUCCCGCCCAGCCUGAGCCUGCCCAACCGCAGUGGCCGCCGCAGCCCAGCCCGAGCCCGUCCUCACCCACACGAGGGCAGUCACAGCAGCAGCAGUCGCGGGCCGAGAGGGCACGGGACCUGCUGAUCGUGACGACCAACGCCAGCAGCACAACGAUGCAGGACCCCAGUCUGGCGGCAGGGCCCGCCAGCCAGGACCGGGACAGCAGCGCUGGCAUCAGCAUCCUCAGCGGGCAGCGGCGGGGCAGGGGCGGCACAGAGACGCCUUCAACCUACCACAACCCGCCCAGGAGGUGGAGGGAAGUAGAGGUGAGGGAGGGGAGGGAGGGAGGGAGGGAGAGCGGCGACGGACGGCUCCAAGUUCGUGUGGUCUGGUGCGUGUGGUGUGUGUGUCAGUUGGGUCCAUCAUCAGAUGUGAAGCCUGGUGAGCGGAGUGGGGCGGCGUCGGUGGUCUACAACGGCGCGCUGUACGUCUACGGGGGAUAUGGCGGCAGGUCAGUCAGUCCGCUCAUCGACCAACACACGCACAGCCACAGAGCACAGCCAGAGAAGGCAAGAAACCAUCCCUGUGCGUUAACCUUCCUUACUCCUUUCCUUGUGUGUGUCGCCGUCAGCGGCCGUCUGGACGAUUUGUGGAAGUUCGACUUCGGUAGGCACCUCCGCCCCAAUCCCAUCCCAUCCCAUGCACACUCACACAAACCGACAUAGACUAGACUGCAAGAGGCGGACGGAGUCUGCGCUGUCACUCACUGUGUCUGUCGUGUGUCACUCAGAGAGCCGGUGCUGGUCCAAGAUAGAGGCCCGCAACCCUCCUGCUGGUCGAGAGAACAACGGUGCGGUGGUGUACGGCAGCAAGAUGUUCCUCUUCGGCGGAUACAGCGGAUUCAACUGGCUGCAGGACUUCCACGAGUUCAACUUCGGUACGUACGCGUGGCACGGCACACCUGGGUGGGAGUGGGUGGGGUGUGGGCGCCGCAGGCGGACAGGACAGCAAGCUUGUGUCUGUCAUCCACCGAAUGCGCCGCGCCCUGCCUGCGUGUCAUGUGUGUUUGGUGUGCACCAGAGUCGAAUGAGUGGUCGCCUGUCAACGCCAAAGGCAACCCCCCUUCCACCAGAUUCGGGUAUGUGAGUGCGGUUAGCGAGGACGGUUUGUUUGUGGUCUUUGGCGGCUACGACGGCUGCACGUGGCUCAACGACAUGUACGAGUUCAACUUCGCCACCCACCAGUGGAGCAUCACCUCCGCACAGGGCAACAUUCCCAGCGGGCGCAGCUGCCCCUCCUGGGCCACCUACAAGGUAAGGUACACACGUCUCAGGCAGGUCAUGUGAUUGAGCUGAAUGUCUGUGUGGUGUGGUGUGGUGUGGUGUGGCUGCCCUGCUCUCAGGGUUCGGUGUUUGUGUUUGGCGGGUACGACGGCGUCCACCGCAUGAACGACUUCCACCAGUUCCAGCUGCUGACGCGCACCUGGUCGCCCGUCCGCUACUCGGGACACCCCCCCUCCCCCAGAUACUUCCACGCAUCCGUCGUAUACGGUAAAAACGGACGGACGUCUGGAUGUCUGUGAGUGUGUGCCGACAUGGCUAUCCUAUCAUCACACGCAUCGAUCUCUGCAUAUGUGUGUGUGUGUGUGUGUGUGUUCAGGCGACAGUUUGUUUCUGUUUGGCGGGUACAGCGGCCACGAGCGGCUGAACGACCUUUACGAGUACAGGCUGGACCUGCACACAUGGCUCAUGGUUGACAUGGACAAACCGCCCUCAGGACGGUCCUCACUAGUCGCACAGGUAACCAACAGGAGAGAGAGAGAGAGAGAGAGUGAGGGAGGGAACGCCCUCGACAGACAGACGUGUGGUGUGUGUGUGUGUGUGUGAUGUGCACAGGUUAGCGGCAACAGUUUGUAUGUCUUCGGGGGGUACAACGGGCAGUUCGUCCUCAACGACUUCCACGAAUUCAGAUUCGGUCGGUCAUGAUACUUGCACGCCAUGCCAUGCAUUCACACGGAUAUCGACUGUGCAUCUCUCUGUCUGUGUGGACAGAGCCUGUGGCCAUCCCGCCCUCUGCUUUGGUGGAGGACCUCAAGAAGCUCAUCAACAACCAAAUGUUCGCUGACGUGGUUAGCCAGCCAGCCAGCCACCCAUCCACCCACACGCAAAGGCAGAGGCGCCAGUGCACUCCCUGCCUGCCUGCCUGCCUGCCUGUCAAUAUCUUUCAGACGUUUGUUGUUGAGAACCGUGAGGUCUACGGCAACCGGGCACUCCUCGCAUCGCGAUCAGAGCACUUCAGGUCGGUCAGGAUAACACAACGGCACUAAGUCCCUGAGGCCCUUGUGCCCUUGUGUGGUUUGUGGUCGAUUCGUUCAUUCGUUCAGGGCGUUGUUCUACGGCGGGAUGAAGGAGUCGUGCAAGGUGGAGGCAGAACCCAUUCCCAUGCCCGACGUCAGAUACGACGUACGCAACGCAGCUCUUGGAGAAACCGACACAGAGGCGGGCACACGAGUACAUGGAUGGACCGCACUGUGUGCGUGUGUUUGUGGUCCGUAGAUAUUCCUUGCGUUGCUGGAGUACCUCUACACGGACAAGGUGCCCGUCAACCUCACGUCUGAGGAUGCCGUCCACCUCCUCAUCGCCGCCGAACGGGUCAGUCAGUCAGUCAGUCAAGGAAGAGUGGAACCGCACGCACGCAGCGGGGCCUCUCUGAGAAUCGAUGUCUGUUCUGUCUGUCUGUCUGUCUGUGUGUGUUCAUUCAGUUUCUGCUGGACCGUUUGAAGGCGUUGUGCCAGGACAUCAUCCGCAAGGGCAUCUCCAUCGACAACGUCGUGAGCAUCCUCCUCGCCGCAAACUCACACCGAGCUGACAGACUCAAGGUCAGUCAGCCGGCCACUUGUGUGCUCCCUUGCUCCCUCAAGACGUGCAAUCAUGCCAUGCCAUGUGUGUGUGCGUGUGCAGGAGAUAUGCUUGGACUUCAUCAAGAUCCACGAAGACCGCCUCAAGCAGAGCGACGCAUUCAAAGAACUUAUACAGGUGCCCCGGGCAGCUCACACACACACACACACACAUGCCUACCAGCCAACCGCACAGACAGACACAUACAUAGCGGAUUUCACUGUCUGUGUGUGUUGCUAUGUCUAUCGUGUUGGUUCCAUCAAUCAGGAGCCCACCCUCCUGUAUGAGAUUUUCAUGCGCAAGAGCAACAGCAGCUCGUGAGCUGCAGCCAACACGCAGACACCACAUGCCCGUGUGCGUGUGCAGCUGCUCUGCUAGCCAUCGCGCGAUCGCACCUGAUGACGAUAGCUUGCCUUGCUUUCUCGUGCCUUUCGUUGCCCGCCUCGUUCCAUAGCCGAGUGAGGCACACAGAUAGACCGACAGCCAGACAGCCAGACAGACAGACAGACAGGCUUGGUUGAGUGUCUUCGUGUUGCCUGUGUUUCUCUCUCUUGCUGCCUUGCUGCCUUGCUACAUUCGUUCCCUCAUCCACUUGUUCAUUCAUGUGUGUGUGUUUCGCUGCCUCCCCGCUUUUUUCUCUUGAGUGGCCAGGCCACACACCG